ACAAACGGUGCACCCCCGUCCUGUGAACACGAUCGCAGACACAAAGGGCGCAACAGAGGAGUCAGACAUCCAGCCGUCGCACCGCCGCAACCACCGCACCACCUCGACACUCCACGGAGGGACCACUCGGUCCGGGUGAGCGCGUUUUUCCGGACAAAUUGUUGCAUCGCGGCCGACCGCGCCAACACCGACGACGCAACCUGUUGAGCUUCGCGCCCACCGACUUGCCAGCUUCGCAGCUUCUCAGCUUCGGUCUCCGAUUCAAGGUCCGGAAGAUGCGGGCAAGCUUCAACCUAUUAUGCGCCGCGACUCUGAUGUUCGCAUUGGCCAGCUGCGCGGAACUGAAUAACGAAGCGACCGGAACGGGCAAUUACUACGGCGAUGCCGGCCGAUCGUUGGAACCGCUGAACGUGGCCGCCGAUCCGGAGACCAUCAACUACUUGCUGCCGAGAUUGACGGCCAAGUACCGGCCAAACAACGACUGGACAGGAGUCACCGAUCCACGCUUCUAUCUCCUCACCGAGAUGGAGUCCAAUGAUAUUGACAACCAGAACAAUUUAAGCCCGGAGGCAAGGAGCAAACGUGCAGGUAGACUGGGUGAGCCAGGCGCCUCUCUUUCCAUAGUAAACUCGUUGGACGUCCUCCGCAACCGACUCCUGUUGGAAAUCGCCCGGAAAAAGGCAAAGGAGGGAGCGUCCAGGAACAGACAGAUCCUCAUGCAUCUCGGCAAACGGGCGUUCUAUCACAGGAACACCGGCAUAUUCGACAAUAAAGUAUAAAAUGGAUAUCACAUAGAGCUAUAAGCAAUGUUAAUAAUUUUUUUACAUAUAGAGGCUUCAAUACCGCAAACAACAAAUAGUCCAUAUCAAAAAUAACACCUAGAGCAUUUGUUUAUGGUUUUGAAACCCUUUUCGUUCAGCGGGGAUAUUUCAUACCAUUCGGAUAAUGUGGGUUUAUUUAAUUAAGUUGAUAUUAAUUCCCAUCAUUUGUACGUAGGUACAUAAUUUCAAAUCAAUUAUUGCUGAGCUGAGGUUCUUUUACAAGCAACAAGGAUUAAAAAUUACUUAGAUCUGGUGUGAAAUGACCCCGUUAAUUAUAUGCAAAAACCAGAUAUAUAUAAAUAUUAAAAAAUCAAUGUAGAAGACUAACAUAGAGUAGUAAAUGGCCCUUGAUGUUAACAACAACUAAUUCCAAACAUUUAUUCCUAAUCAAAAUCGAAAUUGAUGGGACCAGUAUGAAACGAGAUGAAGAACGGAUACUCUUUCCGCCAACUUAUUGUUUGUUAAUGAACCACUUAAAUGUCCAAUUGAUUAUUUUAUCAUUUGGAGUAAGUUGUUGGGCAACACGUUCUUCUUCUAGCUUUUACGGCCUAUAACUCUAUCAAAACUAAAGCUUUUCUUCUUCCAACCAUUCCAUCAUUAUGUUAGAUAGAUGUUGAUAUUUUUUUAAAUCGUGUCCACAAAAUUUAUCUGUGGCUAAGAGUGUGUUAAAAAUGGAAAUACCUGACGGAACGUGGACAUACAACGAUAGAAAAAAUUCCCCUAACAUCAAUAUAUUGUUAUUAUUUUGAUAUGCAAUAAACUUGUGACAUUACUCGAUCUUUGUCCUUCCCAUAUUUAUAAACAUUUGAGUUUGAAAUGGUAGUGGGUUUGAUUGUUUCAAUGUAAAUUUGACUUUUUGGUGUUGGGGACUUUUUUUGCAAUUUGUGUAUUAAGUUUAUAUAUAGCAAAUAGAAUGAUAUUAUUUAUUAUACAAUCUACUAUUUUAUAAUAUGUUGAUGUUAAUAUUUAUUAGAAUAUAGUUGAUAUAUGGUAAUAAUGUGUAUGAUAUGUACAAAAAAAAAAUAAAUGUAAUUAAAAAAUAAAAAAAAGUU